AUGUCUGCCGAGAACCUUCAGAACACUCCCGCUGGUGACUUCCAGGACAACUCUUACGUCUCUCGCCCAGGCAACAAGUCUGAGCCUUUGCCUGUCCAGUCGGACGGUGACAAGAUCGAGGACCCUGUUGACGAGAAUGUUGCCGACACCGACGCCCAACUUGAGCGCGAUGAUAAUGAGGCCAUCGACAGGGGUAACAUUCUGAACGAGCGCACUCGCGGCGCCACCAAGCAAACCGGUACCUACCGUGAGCCUGGUGAUGAUGAAGGUCUUCCUGGAUCGGAUGACGGUACCAGCUCAACUCGCCAAAUCUCCAACCCUUAG